UCGAGCUCCGCUCUUUGUGAGUCGCGCUCCACGAAUUUCCCAACGCGAACUCUACUCUCCGCAUCUCGAAGGCCCCAAGAGCAAGGUCGAAACCAUCCUAAUAUACACGACUGCAACCAUUAAAUUGAAUUGCAAUUCCCGCUAAGCAGAUCUCUUCCUGGAAGCUGUUCAAUCCGAAUCCCUCAACAUUGAGUUUGAUCCUUUCAUGAUAUCUUAGCCAAGGCACACGACGGUAAUUUACAUACCUCUCGACGCGUUUGCCGUUAUGGAGCAGCCAACCGAUUCGGUGGUCUGGUCUCCUCCUAAGCUUGUUGAUAAAGCGAAAAUCAAGCGGCUUUAUUUUCAGCGUCGCUCAAGCCAACGUAAAUCGUUGGACCGCCGGGAUGCUUGGACUCCAAUAAAUGGCAUCCCAAAUAUACCGCCGGAGAUCCUGGAAGAUGCGAGGAAGCGCAAUCUGGAAAGGUCCCAGCUCACUCCCCAAACUGAGGGAAAAGGGUCCUUCCGAGCUUCAUCUCCGGCGCCACAUGGCGACAAGGAAAGCGCGCCUGAUAACCCCGCCUCCGAAGCAGACCGAGAAAGUGAUGCAGAAGAAGAGGACUCGGGACCAGGAACGCAAAUUUCAUGGCCGUCAUCGCCUUCACAGCAUUACAGGCGUCCUAGCCCGCCAGGGGAGGUUGCUAGUCUAUCCUUGCCAACGAAAGCACCUUCCCGUCCUAGGUCCACAGCUGUAUCUCGGUUUGCGUACAUGAACAACUGUCCCUCGAGCAGUACUCCCUGCUCCGACAUAGAACUAGAGGUCGAAGUACCUGGAGCCGUUACAGACAUCCUGGAGCCAGUCAACUCAGAGACGGCCACUGUCCUUGAGCCCACCCCACCUUCGGCCCAGAUUAUACCAUGUAGCUUGACUGGUCAGACCAGCCCGGUGCGGACUCCUGGAGCGAAGCGUCGCCGACUCAUGAAGCGCCCUGCUGGACUGUUUCAGACCCCGGGGCUUGUUGGUCGGAGGCCGGCUGCUGGGCCACCAGCUAUCGGAGCUGACAAGACUGACACAUUCCUGCGGUCUCAAUCGCCGAGCCCGAUCAUCGCCUCAACACCUCCGGUUGUCAAAACCCCGUUGCCGCUACCUGUGAAAGAGGGACACUCGCUCGCGGCAAAGAACAAGUUAGAUGCUAGUGCGGCCGUCGCACGGAACACCGCUCCCCAGGUCUCUAAGUACUCUCAAGGCGAGCUUCUGCUGAACAGUGCUUCUUCGCAGGAUCCCUUCGCCGCAUUCAAGGCCGCAUAUCCGGAGUACGACGGAGACCUGCACGAUUACGUCCGGGGGAUCAUGUGUAUUUCUCGACUUGGCAAGAAGAGGGCUCUCUCCCCUUUCUUGUACGACGACUUUCUUCGCGUAUUCUCUGGUGACUAUAUAGAUUAUGUCGCUAGUCUGAAUGGCGAAGAACGCGCGCUUACCGCCAUCCAAUGGUACAACGAGAAUGUGCCGAGGCCUCUCUACACCAAAGAAAUUCUCAGCGUGGGUAAGAUCGGAGACAUCCUGGAUCACUAUGCAGACCAAGUCAGAGUCAUCCAGCAGAGUCUUGAGAUGUUCACUGAGAUCGUUGAGGCUUGGGGGUAUCCCACGACAUCAAGAGAGAGACAACGCCAACAUUCUGCUGGCCAUUAUACAUCAGAGUCGUCAUCUGCAACUUUCAAAUCUGAAAUCCGCCACGCCCGGACAUCUUCUGACACGACUCGGGUAGCCGAAGUAUCGCGGCCACUGGAAGAUCAAUACACGACAGCCGAUGAUAAUCUGUCAAGACUCGCUCCUGCUAGGCUAUCAGACAGGGCGGUUCCCAGGUCUAUCAACACGAGAAAGAAUACAGAGCCCGUACUUAGCUCGCCGCAGAACCAGGCUAGGUUCCCAUCGUCGACAAUCGAGCAGACUCGAGCUCCGCGGAUACCAGAAACCAGAACAUUCGGUCGUGUGGAAUCCCCAUGGCUGGCCAGCGGCAUGCCCAGCGCUACGCUCACCCAAACAAGCAAUCCGGAAAGCAUAGCCGAACCAACACGCAAGCGCAGGUUAAAACUUUCUGAUCAACCUGGCGCAACCUUUAAGAAGCCGAAAAAGGCCAAGAAGGAUCUGGCAAUGCGGGAUGAAGAUACCCGGAUCAAGAACUUCCUCACCAGGCACAAGAUUGCCCAGAGCUCUGCGCCUAGGAGCUCUGCAGCAUCAAAAGACAUAUAGAGGGUUGGAAGGAAUGUUAGUUUCGGUGUAGCGUUAGUGCUGGAACAGACUGCGAGAUGGAAGCCACGGUCUGUGAAGAGGGCAGCGGAAGAAGAGGAUUGCUUCCGGAUGACUAGAGAGCGGAGUAAUGAGAAAACUGAAGGAUAAUUAGCACCUUACUGUUACAUUGCACUGCUUGCUCCAAUCAAAGGGUAUCCCAUUCAAUCCGCAAACUUUCGGCCGUCCCGACAGCCUUCCUCAAGGCAGCGAGGCUCAUUCGGCACCAGCCUCUUGGGCGCGCCGCUGUUCCUCCUCUUGGGGUGUCAUGGUGCGCAACUGCAGCGCAUGGAUCCCACCCUCUCGGGCCAGUUCAUCUUUGAGUAGGGAAUAGACAAGACGGUGGCGCGCUGGCUGCAUCUUUGACUGGAAGGCCUCUGACGUGAUGACUAGCCGGAAGUGCGUCUCUUUUGACG